AUGGAGUCCGACAUGGAGAUGAGCUUGGAUUUCUCUUGGGAGACGCCUAGCUUCUUCGAGCUCUGCGACGCAGAUAGCAUGCACCUGCCAGCUGAGGACUCUCUGUCCUGUCUGUACGAGCACGGCGACUCAACUAGCUCGCCGGACGGCGCCAACUCGGGGCUGACGAGGAGGUGGGCUGGCAGGAACAUGCUCAACGAGAGGGACCGGCGCAGGAGGCUCAACGAGAAGCUCUACGCCAUUCGCGGCGUCGUUCCAAACAUCACCAAGAUGAACAAGGCGUCCAUCAUCCAGGACGCCAUCGCCUACAUCGAGGAGCUGCAGGAGCAGGAGCGCCAGAUUCUCGCCGCCCCUGGAACAGAUGGCUGCGCCGCCGUGGUCCAGGCGGACUCGACCGUGGACGACGGGGUCGGCUCCCCGCCACGGACUACCUCCACCUCCUCCAUCUGUUCCCCUUCCCCGCAUCCGGUCCAAAUCCUCGAGCUAGAGGUGAUGCAGGUGGUAGAGGAUCUGGCAGUGGUUAACGUGAGACAUAGAAAAGCGCAGGAGGCCAUGGCGAAGGUGUAUGGGGUGCUCGAGUCGCUCUGUCUCAAUGUCAUCACGGCAAGUGUGACCGUCGUGUCCGACAACAUUGUCCACAACAUGUUCAUCGAGACGGAUGGAAUGGAUUGUGCUCAAACGAUCAAGGAGAUGGUAAAGUCUCACUCAGUCAUCUCAAUGUGA